AGUCGGUGAUCAGGGCAGCGGGUCGGUGGUGAUUGUGAAUUCAGCCCCGAACUAAAGUCUCUAAACCCGGCGAGCCGCGGCGUAUUUACCGCUUCCCGGAGCUCCAGCGAGCCGCGACGGAUUUAUCGCUCCAGCGGGACGCGGGUCUGCUCGGAGCCGAGUAGCAGCGCGGGCAGCCCGGCCAGCACCCGGUCCGUGCAGCGGUGCUGCUGCGAAACAGCGCGGCUAGCAGGGGAAGUAGCUAGCGGGGCUAACGGCGCGGACCCGCCGCCGCAGCAGCCGCGAUGGGCCGGUCCCGGAGCCGCAGCUCCUCCCACUCUAAGCGCUCUAAGAGCGGCGGGGGGAAGCACGGCAAGAAGCGCAGCCGCUCCCGCUCCAGAGAGAAGAAGCGCCGCUCCAAGAGCCGCGAGUCCAAGAGGAACCGCCGCCGGGAGUCGCGCUCCCGAUCUCGCUCAGAGACCGCGCCAUCCCGCCGGGAGAGGGAGCGGGAGAGGGCCGCCUCGCCCCCGGACAGGAUCGACAUCUUCGGGCGGACCCUGAGCAAGAGGAGCGCCGUGGACGAGAAGCAGAAGAAGGAGGAGGAGGAGAAGCGGGCCGAGCUGGAGCGGCAGAGGAGCAUCCGGCAGCAGGAAAUCGAGGAGCGUCUGAUUGAGGAGGAGACGGCGCGGCGGGUGGAGGAGCUGGUGGCUAAGCGGGUGGAGGAGGAGCUGGAGAAGAGGAAGGAUGAGAUCGAGCGGGAGGUGCUGAGGAGGGUGGAGGAGGCCAAGCGCAUCAUGGAGAAGCAGCUUCUGGAGGAGCUCGAAAGGCAGAGACAGGCCGAGCUGGAGACCCAGAAAGCCCGCGAGGAGGAGGAGAAAUCGAAGCGGGAGGAGCUGGAGAAGAUUCUGGUGGAGAACAACCGCAAGAUCGCAGACGCUCAGGCUAAACUGGCGGAGGAGCAGCUCCGGAUCGUGGAGGAGCAGCGUAAGAUCCACGAGGAGAGAAUGAAGCUGGAGCAGGAGAGACAGAGGCAGCAGAAGGAGGAGCAGAGGAUCAUCCUGGGGAAGGGCAAGUCCCGACCCAAACUGUCCUUCUCAUUGAAAGCUACGGAAUGACCAACAGGGGGCAGUCUACCGCCUCUACGGACUCUGGAGCCCGUCCAUCUCUCUUUCUCUCGCUCCCUUUAUCUCUCUUUUUCUCUCUCUCUUUUAUUCCCUCUCUCCUGGGCUCUCUCUCUCCACAGGCACCAGCCAUUCAGCACAGAUCCAGCGUGAGACGCGUAUAAAACGUUUUUAUGGUUGUAUCUCUUGUUUUUAGCGAGUGGAGUUGAAGCUCCUCCCUGUUUUACAGCCUCGGUUUUUGUAUUACUGACUGUUGCGUAGGAAUCUGUCGCCUACCUCCCUCUCGUCUCCCUGUCUCACGUCUCCCUGUCUCCCUGUCUCAGAGGUGUGGGGAGAGAAACUCAAACGCACGGGAUAAUAAAAUAUGAACAAUAUGGAGGAGAAGAAGAAAGCGGCGCUGAACUGGGAGCUCCAAGCUACUGUGGGGCGAAUGAUAGCGGCGUGUUAUUUUAUUGUUUUGUUGUUUUAUUGUUUUAUUUUGUAAUUUAUUCAUGGAUUAAACAAACCAGGACGAGUUCGGUGCUUGACCUUCAGCUCUCGGGUUCUUCAGGAUGAUCCUCCACCAGUUCUACACUCCAGUGAGAAGAAAUACAGUGACAUCCAGGAUUUUAUUAAUGCGUUUUAGAUCUCAAAAUACUGUGUGGUUUUAAAGUCUCGUUUUUAAUUUCUGCUUAAUUCAGCGAUUGGGAUGUAGAGAGCCAUUCAGAGUCGGGGUUUGGAGUGAAGUUGUGGUUAAUUUUACCCAAGUUUUUAUUAUGUACAGUACAGGCCAAAGGUUUGGACACACCUUCUCUUUUUCAAUGCGUUUUCUUUAUUUUCAUGACUAUUUACAUUGUAGAUUCUCACUGAAGCAUCAAAACUAUGAAUGAACACAUGGGGAGUUUUAUGUAUUUAACAAAUAAAGUUGAAAUAACUGAAAACAUGUUUUAUAUUCUAGUUUCUUCCAAAUAGCCCCCCUUUGCUCUGAUUACUGCUUUGCACACUCUUGGCAUCAUUCUCUCAAUGAGCUUCAAGAGGUGGCCACCUGAAAUGGUUUUAUUUCAACAGUCUUGAAGGAAGGAAGGAGUUCCCAGAGAUGUUUAUUGAGCACUUGUUGCCCCUUUGCCUUCUUCACUCUGUGCUCCAGCUCACCCCAAACCAGUGACUGUGGAGGACAGAUCAUUUUUUGUUAAGUGUAUAUAAAACUCCACAUGUGUUCAUUUAUAGUUUUGAUGCUUCAGUGAGAAUCUACAAUGUAAAUAGUCAUGAAAAUAAAGAACACGCAUUGAAAAAGAGAAGGUGUGUCCAAACUUUUGGCCUGUACUGUGUAUUCUGCUUUAAAAUUUUAUGAAAAGUCUUAGAAAUUGCAUUAAAUUAAUGUUUAAUAUACAGCUCUGGAAAAAAAUAAGACAUCAAUUUCUCUGAUUUUGCUAUUUAUAGGUUUAUGUUUGAGUAAAAUAAACAUUGUUGUUUUAUUCUAUAAACUACAGACAACAUUUCUCCCAAAUCCCAAAUAAAAAUAUUGUCAUUUAGAGCAUUUAUUUGCAGACAAUGAGAAACGGCUGAAAUAACAAAAAAGAUGCAGAGCUUUCAGACCUCAAAUAAUGCAAAAAAAAAAACAAGUUUAUAUUCAUGAAGUUUUAAGAGUUCAGAAACCGCAAAUAUUUGGUGGAAUAACCCUGGUUUUAAUCACUUUUUUUUUUUCAUGCAUCUUGGCAUCAUGUUCUCCUCCACCAGUCUUACACACUGAUUUUGGAUACCUUUAUGCUGCUUUACUCCUGGUGCAAAAAUUCUAGCAGUUCAGUUUGGUUUGAUGGUUUGUGAUCAUCCAUCUUCCUCUUGAUUACAUUCCAGAAGUUUUCAAUUUGGUAAAAUCAAAGAAACUCAUCAUUUUUACGUGCUCUCUUAUUUUUUUUCCAGAGCUGUAUAUAAAGACACAAAGCCACAGUAAAUCACAGAAGCGAAUGGAAUAUACACAGAGAAAAAGAUAUCUCUGCUAAUAUUACUAUCCUAGUCCUGUACAGCUCGUAUCUUCCAGCUGUGCUCCUCAAAACCUGCGGAGCUUGGCUGCUGUCAGUUUUAGCAUCAUAGCUAACCUAGUUUAUGAAGAGGUAGAGGCAGUAGUAAACUGAUAUUAAGUGUGCUAAGUGAUGCUGAAUGCUUUAUUUUGUUUCAUUUAUGCCCAUACAUCACAAAAGCUAUCAGGGAGCAGUGGCAAUACUGUGCUCCAGCUGGGUAAAAAACCCACAGGGGUUUUUUUGGUAAAUCUGUGAAUAAAUGUCUUUUUUUUUUUUUUUUUUUUUUUUUGCAGCACAGCAUACCAUAACGCAUGUGUGCCUCUUUUAAAGCGAUAUUUAAAUUAAAGCAGAGGAUUUUGGUAUAUACUUGCCUCUCUAGUGGGAAUGUGUAAUUGCACAGAGCAUGCAGAAGAGUACUUUUAAAAUGUGCAUUGUGGAUCAGUCCCCUUUCUAUGAAAGCUCACUUCCACCAGCAAAAAAUAAAAUAAGGGUCCUCCAGUAAUAAUGCGAUACUAAGUUAUGACUUACUAUCGCAUAAAGAUGACUGUCUCAUAAUUAUGAUUUUGUAUCUCAUAAUAAUGGCUUAAUAUCUCAUAAUUGUGACUUAGUAGCACAUAAUAAUGACUCUCACAAUUUUGAAGAAAGACUUGGUGUAUCAUAAUUAUGACAUCUCAUACUAAUGACUUAGUAUUUCACAAUUAUGACUUGCUAUUUCAUAAUAUUGACUCUCUCAAUAAUGACUCAUAAUUAUGAUUUUGUAUCUCAUAAUAAUGGCUUACUAUCUCAUAAUGACUUAUAUAUUCAUAUAUCAGAUGAUGAUGACCUGAUAUCUUAAUGACUUAAGAUCUCAUAAUAAUGAAUCUCAAAAUUAUGAUUUUGUAUCUCAUAAUAAAGACUUAGUAUGUCCUUAUUAUGUCUCUUUUGGCUCAAUUAAUAAUUAUGACUUAUAACUUAUAGUAUAUAUAGUAUCACAAACUAAUGACUAAUGUAUUUCAUAAUUAUGUCUUGGUAUCUCAAUAACUAUCAUAAUUUUGAUCUCUCUUAUAAUUAUGAUUUACUCUCAUAAUGACUUAGUAUCUCAUAUGUGUCAUUUAAUUGAUCAGAUAAUGACUUACUAUCUCAAUGGCUUAAAAUCACACAAUUUUGACCUGGUAUCUCACAAUAAUGGCCAAUUAUCUCAUUAUAAUGACAUACUUAUAUGUUAGUAUCUCAUACUGAUGACUUAUUAUUUCAUAAUUAUGACUUGGUAUCUCCUAAUUUUGACUUAGUUUCUCACAGUGGCUUUUCUAAAUUAUGUAUAAUUGUGAUUUAAUAUAUCAUAUAAUGAUUUGCUAUCUUAAUGACUUGAUGUCAUAUUAAUGACUUAGUAUCUCAUAAUUAUGACUUGCUGUCUCUUAAUUAUGACUGGCCAAGUAUCUCAUAAUUGACUUAUCUCAUAAUAAUGAGUUAGUACCUCAGUAAUGAUUUGCUAUCUUAUAAUUAUGACUUACUGGAGGACUGUUACUUUUUCUAAGUGGCGUAAAUGGGCUUCCACACCCUUUAGAUUGGAUGAAUCUGUUUAAGGUGGCAGGUGAAUCAGCUCCCCGACCCAGAACAUAAAGAAGAUGGAUGGAUGGUUGAAUCUGAUGGGAUCAGUCAGAACCUGGUGAAGGAAAGUUCUUCAGCAGAUGGAGGAGAUUUAUAGAGAUACUGUGGUUUGUUUUUGUCAGUAUAAGAACUUUGUUUAGGUUUUAUUUUACUAUUUAAGUGCAGAUAACACUGUCUACAGAAAAAACACACAUCAAUGAAUCAGUGAUUUUUUUUAUUAAGGGUGAAAUGUUUUUAUUUUCUAAUGCAGGUCAAU